GUUUGCAGAAGUCGGUGGGAGAAAAAAUAAAUAAAUAAAAGAUUCCAAGAAUCCCAACUGAUUGGCACCUUACCCUGGAAGAGCAGUGCGCUCCCAGUGGGCGGGGAUUGGGGACCCGCGUGGCCCUUGGGCUGCAGUGGGGCCACUCCGUUGUAAAAGCCAGCUUUUAAAGUGAAUGGAAACUUUUAAGUUUCUCAAAGCCGGGCCCUCUGACUCGGGAGCGGAGUGGAGAUGACGGGAAAAGGCUUUCCCUGUGGUGGGGGGAGAGGACCUCAUCCGGAGGCCCGGGCAGUCUCUAGGGACAGCGUCCUCGGUUGGGUAUCCCUUCCAGGUCCGGCUCCUGGGCGCACGCGAGUCCGGACCCCUCGGCCUCCGCCCCGGGGAGAGCCCAGCCCAGGCUCUGGUCCUCGCGGCCUCGGAUGGCAGGGCGCGGCGAGGGCGAAGGGCGAAGGGCCAGCGGCUGCCUCGGCGUCCGCGUGUGGCGGGGGCCGUAGGGGGAGGACGCGGGCCGAGGGGGAGGGCUCACAUCUCGGCGAAGUUCCCGGAUGGUCGCAGCCUCCCGGCGCGGAGCGCUUUUCCUGCCCGCCCUGGCUCAGCCCUGCGGACCCAGAGAGAAGUUUCCCAGAAAAAAAUGCCCCGCGCUCCGCGGGGCCGAGGAGCCGCCCGGAGCCGCUGCACGGGUAGCUGGUGAACCCAGCGGAGACCACGGAUGUUACAAAGCAGUUACAAAGCUACCUCCACUGUACUGCUUCUGACUUCCUGAUGACACACGUGAUCCACAGGGGUGGUGAAAUGGUAAGGGUUUUAUACAGCUAGCUUUCGGGUCAUUUAGUACACGCUAAUACAUACCUGG